CCGCCAUCGACUAACCCGUUUACUUCAUCACCUGCGACACGAAGGCCAAGUAAGACUACUCAAUCCCUGUCCUAUAACUUCGCCAUGGGCUUGCCAAGGUCUAACGACGCUCCACCGGCCUACACCCCUGGUCCAGCUCAAAACACGAGCGCACUUCAAGCGUCCUCGCCAGCAGCAACAUCAGACUCUGAUCCCUACGCCUUCCUCCGGACCUUUGACACUGUCUUCCUAAUCGACGACUCGGGAUCCAUGGCAGGCCGUUCAUGGCGCGAGACGCAAGAAGCCCUCGCAGCCAUCACGCCCAUCUGCACUGCGCACGACGAAGACGGCAUCGACAUUUACUUUCUCAACCACCCAGACUCAUCUCUAUACAAGCACAUCACCAGCCCGAGCACCAUUCUCGAAAUCUUCCAGACAGUGCGCCCGGGCGGCGCCACGCCCACAGGCCAGCACCUACACAAGAUCCUCAAGCCGUACCUGCAGCGCUACGAGCAAGACGACAAGACCAAACCCAUCAACAUCAUCGUCAUCACCGACGGCGAGCCCUCGGACGACGUCGAAUCCGCAAUUAUCCAAGCCGCCAAGAAACUCGACAAGCUCGACGCCCCCGCCUGGCAAGUCGGCAUCCAGUUCUUCCAGGUCGGUCGUGAACCCGGGGCCCGCGAGCACCUCAAGCAGCUCGACGACGGACUCGCAGAGCUGGCUCGCGACGACAAUCUCCGCGAUAUCGUCGAUACAGUCCCGUUUAGCGGCGAUGACGGCCAGAGACUUACCGCUCAUGGCUUGUUGAAGGUGGUGCUUGGUUCCGUUGUGAGACGGUUGGAUCGUGCGUCUAGGGAGCUGCAUCGAUGA